CGUCACUACAUGCAAGUAUGAAUAUCACUGUACUUUGUGCACAUGACAAUAAACCCGACAUGAAAUGAUAUAAUAAAGGAAUCAAAGCGCAUAACAAGCUGCAAACCUGGCGAGGAGGGCGUGCCACUGGCCCGUGAAAACGUCACAUCACAGCACGCUCAGCUGUCCUGCUGCAGGAACAAGUGACUAAAAAAAAAAGCCGGGAGGGCGGAGCUUCUGUUAAAUCCUACGUUUCUCUUUCUCGCGCUCCCUUUUUUACAGUUUGCUUCGCUACUCUUCAUGCACAUGAGCUAACGUCGCAAUGGCCGAAGAACUGUACACAAAACAACGGACUCUAGAAAUGCGCAAGAGCCUUAUCGGGGCCUCCUGUAAAUUGUUUUAUUCAGAUGAUCCUGUGAAGAUAAUGAGGGCCAAAGGGCAGUACUUGUACGAUGAACAAGGAAGACGCUACUUGGAUUGCAUCAGUAAUGUCCACCAUGUUGGACACAGUCAUCCAGCUGUGGUUAAAGAGGCUUCACAACAGAUGGAAUUGCUGAACACCAAUGCACGGUUUCUGCAUGACAACAUUGUCCAGUACGCACAAAGACUAUCUGAAACACUCCCUGAGAAGCUGAACGUCUUUUACUUCUUAAAUUCAGGUUCAGAAGCAAAUGAUCUUGCCCUCCGUUUGGCUCGUCAGUACACACAUCAUAAAGAUGUCAUUGUUUUGGAUCACGCAUAUCAUGGGAACCUUACCUCACUAAUUGAUAUCAGCCCUUACAAAUUCAGAAAUCUUGAUGGCCAGAAAAAAUGGGUUCAUGUGGCCCCACUGCCUGACACCUAUAGAGGAAAAUAUCGAGAAGGUCACCAAAACGUGGCCCAGGCCUAUGCAGAUGAAGUGAAAUGCCUGAUAGAUAAUGCUGACAAGAAAGGCAGAAAGAUUGCAGCAUUUUUUGCUGAGUCUUUGCCAAGCGUUGGAGGGCAAAUCAUAUUGCCAACUGGUUACUUUCAAAGAGUAGCUGAGUAUGUGCGGGCUGCAGGAGGGGUCUUUGUGGCUGAUGAAGUCCAAGUGGGGUUCGGUAGAAUUGGAAAACACUUUUGGGGUUUCCAGUUGCAAGGCGAAGAGUUUACCCCUGAUAUCGUCACGAUGGGCAAGCCCAUUGGAAAUGGACAUCCCAUUGCGUGUGUAGCAACGACGCAGGAAAUUGCCAGCACGUUUUGUGCAACAGGAGUGGAGUUUUUUAAUACGUUUGGAGGCAACCCCGUGUCGUGUGCCAUUGGUCUGGCUGUGUUAGACGUCAUUGAAAAAGAACAACUGCAGGAAAAUGCAAUUAAAGUCGGCGACUUUUUCAUGAAACUAAUGAAUGACUUGAAAGAGAAGCAUCCAGUCAUCGGCGAUGUUAGGGAGUCAAGUCUCUUCUGUCAAAGCCCAUUGCAGCAGUCCUUGUCUGAUUUUGGGCUAUACGAGAAAUAAAUUGUUGUUAUCAAAAGAGAUUGUGAAAUGAACAGAGGAGACAUACUAGAGGAAAAAGAUGGUACAUUCUGCAAUUUAUACUCCAAACCAGCCCACGAGGUCACCAAACAGCCUGUUGGGCGACUUAAAACAAAGAAGAUGAAAUUACUUGAGUGGCCCAGUUAAAGUCCUGACUUCAAUCCCACUUAAAAUCCAUGGCAGGAAUUCAGGAUAGCUGGACAGCUUCCUUCCCUAAGAAACCAGCAGCUUUUGGAGAGCAAUUUUUGGAAGGAAGUGUGGGCGAUUAUUAAAUCUGCAAAAUGUGAAAAACUGCUUACCAUAAUAGACUUGAGGCUGAAAUUACAAUACUGAAUGUCUAAGGACUAAAAGGGGAGGAUAUGUGUCAGAGAUGGAUGUCUCAGUUUUGCAUUUUUAUAUAUUUUCUUUGAUUAGCAAAAUGGCUUAUCAUAAUUUUAACACGUACUGUAUAUAAAAGUCAAACAAUCUCAUAUUAAUACUAGCUGACAUACCCAGCGUUGCCCUGGGGGAAAAUAAAGUGUUUUUUUUAAAUUGUUUCAGAAAAAUAGGAUAAAAAAAACACAGUUUUAAAAAUAAAA